AGUGGGGCUGAGAGGUUGUUGGCAAAUCACCGUCUUGCUGAAAAGUGCGUUUCCAAAGCAGGAUUUAUAGCAUUGGCUUGGCAUCACUGCCAAGUUUUGGCCAGAAAACAAAAAUGGUGUAGCCAAACUUGUGUGGAGGAAUGGUCCAGGGUAUGUCCCCCUUUCCCCUCAUCCCCAAAUGUGGGGUUCAGGGCCCUUGGGGGUUUGGCAGGCUCUGGGGAGGUGCAGCCCGUCCUGCACCCCAUUCCCCACACGUGGGUUCCCCUGUACCAGUCAGCCACAGGGCUGAGCUCAGCUGUGAACUGGGUGAAGCUGAGGCAGCUUAUGUGUUUCCCAGGCACAGCUGGGCUCUGUGCACAUGCAAACCCCUCCAGGCACAGCUGGGGAUGGGGCCAGCCCCAAGGGACUGGCAGCCACUGCCUGUCAUCGCUAGUGCUGCUCGCAGAGGGUGGGGAUGGCGGUCUGGAGAGCACUGGACCAUGGCAGAGCCUUUGCCCUGUCCUGCUUGGUUUGGGGCCAAGCUCGCUCCCAAGCUGCCUCUUUUCCCACUGCUUUCAGGGCUGUGCUUGGGGCUUUCCUGCUCGAGGAGGGCAAAGCUCCCCCUGUCCUACAGUGCUUGUUGGCUCAUCACUCCAGCCACACGCCCCCAGGUUCUCCCUGGAGUGGAACAGGCGCUGAGGGGACUCUCAGGCCCCCGUCCACCUUCCCAGCACCUUCCUGGGAUACAGGCUGGGGAGCACCUGGCAUCCUGCUGAGCACCAGGCAGGAUCUGACCCUGGCACCUUCUCAGCACUGGGGCUGGUCUGCCCACCUGCAAGCCCUCAGCAAAGCUCUGCCAGGCUUAGCAGCUUGCUGUUGGCAGUGCCCCUGGCAGGGCAGCACUCAGCAUGCACCCUUGGCCUGCCCAGUCUCCCUGCAAGUGCUGGGACACGGUGUCUGGCCCUGCACCAAGGCGUCCGCUGCCUUGCCCCCCCCCGGCCCCUCCCCGUGCCUGGAAGCCCUGGGAAAAGUUCCACUGUGAAAGCAAAGUCCAGCUUGCUGGGUGCUGGGCAGCCAUGGCUGGGCACUGUGUGGCGAUGGCAGCUGGGCUCCGAGCAAGACUGGGCAUGGGCUGCCCGUCCUGCUGCCUGUGGGGCUGGCAUCUGUCCCCAGGGCUGCUGGGCGCGCGGCUGGCCCAUGCUGGGGCUGCAGGCCGGCUACAGCGGGAGUACGAUGCAGUGGUGAUUGGGGCAGGGCACAACGGGCUGGUGGCAGCUGCCUACCUACAACGGGCAGGGGUGCGCACGGCUGUGCUGGAGAAACGCCACGUGCUGGGUGGUGCAGCCGUCACGGAGGAGAUCGUGCCAGGCUUCAAGUUCUCCCGGGCAUCGUACCUGCUCAGCCUGCUGCGGCCGCAGAUCUAUGCUGAGCUGGAGCUGCAGCGGCACGGUCUGAGGGUGCUCCCACGGGACCCCUACUCCUUCACCCCAGUGUUGGAGGGCAGGAGACCCCCCCGCUCCCUCCUGCUGGGGCAUGACAUGGCCCAGACCCAGCGGCAGAUUGCUCAGUUCUCUGAGAAGGAUGCCCAGGCUUACCCUGAGUAUGAGGCGUUCAUGGGGGGCUUGGUGUCUGCCCUUGACCCGCUGCUGGAUGCCCCGCCAGUGGAUACUGCUGCCCUGGGGCAGGGUUCUCUGUUCCAGCGGCUCAGGGCCCUGCGAGCCCUGCAGCCCCUGCUGCGGUCAGGGCUGGCACUGGGGCAGCAGCUGCCCCGCUAUUACGAGGUGCUCACAGCCCCCAUCUCCAAGAUCCUGGAUCAGUGGUUUGAGUCAGAGCCUCUGAAGGCAACUCUGGCUACUGAUGCGGUGAUUGGAGCCAUGGCCAGCCCCCACACUCCCGGCAGCGGGUACGUGCUGUUGCACCAUGUGAUGGGUGAGCUGGAGGGACGGCGGGGUGCCUGGGGCUACGUGGCUGGUGGGAUGGGGGCCCUGUCUCAAGCCAUCGCCUGUGCGGCAGCUGCUCGGGGAGCCCACAUCUUUGCUGAAAAGUCCCAUCCCCAGAUGGUGUGCCAUGUGGUGCUGGGCAAGGACGGGCAGGCGCAGGGCGUCCUGCUGCAGGAUGGAACAGAGGUGAGGAGCAAAGUGGUGCUGUCCAAUGCCUCCCCCCAGAUCACCUUCCUGGAGCUUGUCCCCCAGGAACAGCUGCCAAAGGAUUUUGUCCAGCGGAUCCGGCAGACUGACACGCGCUCCCCUGUCACCAAGAUCAAUGUGGCAGUGGAUCGGCUGCCCAGCUUCCUGGCUGUCCCCAAUGCCCGCGAUGGCCGUCCCCUGCCCCACCACCAGUGCUCCAUCCACCUCAACUGCGAGGGCACCCACCUUCUGCACCAGGCCUUCACUGAGGCCACCCAUGGGCGCCCCUCCAGCAGGCCCAUGAUCGAGCUCUGCAUCCCCUCGGCACUGGACCCAGGGCUGGCCCCACAGGGCUGCCAUGUUGUGUCCCUCUUCACCCAGUACACCCCCUCUGUGCUGGCAGGCGGGCAGCCCUGGGAUGAGCAGGCCAAAAAUGCAUACGCAGACACGGUGUUUGACUGCAUCGAAGCCUAUGCCCCAGGGUUCAAGGCAUCCGUCAUUGGCAGGGACAUCCUGACGCCACCGGACCUGGAGAGGAUCUUCGGGCUUCCUGGUGGAAACAUCUUCCAUGGAGGGAUGUCUCUGGACCAGCUGUACUUUGCCCGGCCAGCACCAUCCUAUUCGGGUUACCGGUCCCCAGUUCCUGGCUUGUACCUGUGUGGAAGUGGAGCCCACCCUGGAGGAGGAGUGAUGGGAGCAGCAGGACGCAAUGCCGCCCAGGUGGCCCUCGAGGACUUCAGGCGCCUGCGAUGGCAGUAGUGACAACAACUUUGCCUGUGGAGGUUUGUGGUUGUAGUGAGUCAUGCUGACUCCAGGCAGAGCCCUGCCUGUCCCCCACUUCCUUCCCAGGCACGGUAGGACAGCAGCAUCCCCUGGGAGCUGGGGGGUGCAGGCAGGCAGGGUCUCUUGUGCUCCCAGCUGCUACCAUCACCUCAAAUACGUGACUGCUCCCAGCCCACUGCAGCCCAGCCUUGGGCAGCCAUGGCAAGCCUCGCUCGGCUCCUGCCUGCACCUGUAGAAAUAAACCCUGGCUGGGGCUGU